GAUGUUGCACUCCUCAAACCGUACCUCGAUCAUGGUAUGAAUAAAGAGACGGAAGACUCCUGUGAUCGACCACUGUGGAAACUGAUCGAUUCCAGCCCGGCUAAUUCUGCGCAACCACCGAUUGUAUCGACCACACGCAAUUUCACCGUCUACUUCGGUCAGGCGUAUUCUAUCACCAAGCUCGGACUGAUCAUGGGUCAAGCGGAUGAGACACCUUCGGAUGUCAUCUACUAUCCACAGAUCGGCAUCAUUUCUUCCGAGAAGCAAAUUUCACCGGAGAGUGAGAAAACACUGAACUUGACUUGUGUGGCCAUCUCCUGCGAGGCUGGUAGUAAUAAAAAUGGAAAUUCGAUGUACGCGCGGGCACAUUUGUCCCACCCGACCACAAGUUCUUGUUCACGUUCUGGACGGAAGGUCACCUGUGAGGAUUUGGAGUUGUUGCGGUUCAGAGUCCCUCUACCCGGUGAAACGCAAAACUCAACUCCCCCGGAUCAGGGUACAGUCCUAGUCAGUCAAGGCUCGGUAUUGCCAGGUGUAUCGGAAAUUAUGACUGAAAUGAAUGUGGUUCAAUCGUCUAAAACGGAACUGAUUGUGAGCAUGCCUCGAAGCGAUUAUGGGCCCUGA